GGGAGCCCCGGGCCUCCGUCGCCAUUGCUCCCAAAAGUGAGGAGGAUUUGCUGGCCCUGGCCGCGUCACGGCUGAGCCGCCGCAAGCGGGUGGCGGGCGCGGCCGUCGGGGUGGCCAUGGUGCUGCUGCUGCUGGUGGCCAUCCCGCUCCUGGUGCACAGCUCUCGCGGACCCACCCACUACGAGAUGCUGGGUCGCUGUCGCAUGGUGUGCGACCCCCACGCGCCCCGAGGCCAGGGCUCCGACGGCGCGCCCGCCUCGGCGCCUCCCUUCCCUCCAGGCGCCAAGGGAGAGGUGGGCCGGCGAGGCAAGGCCGGCCUGCGGGGGCCCCCCGGACCCCCAGGGCCCAGAGGGCCCCCCGGAGAGCCAGGCCGGCCGGGGCCCCCGGGCCCCCCGGGGCCAGGCCCCGGCGGGGCAGCGCCCCCUGCGGGCUACGUCCCCCGCAUCGCCUUCUACGCGGGCCUUCGGCGGCCUCACGAGGGUUACGAGGUGCUUCGCUUCGACGACGUGGUCACCAACGUAGGCAACGCCUACGAGGCGGCCAGCGGCAAGUUCACCUGCCCCAUGCCCGGCGUCUACUUCUUCGCCUACCACGUGCUCAUGCGCGGAGGCGACGGCACCAGCAUGUGGGCUGACCUGAUGAAGAACGGACAGGUGCGGGCCAGCGCCAUUGCUCAGGAUGCGGAUCAGAACUAUGACUACGCCAGCAACAGCGUCAUCCUGCACCUGGACGUGGGCGACGAGGUCUUCAUCAAGCUGGACGGCGGGAAGGUGCAUGGCGGCAACACCAACAAAUACAGCACCUUCUCGGGAUUCAUCAUCUACCCGGACUGAGCCGGCACCUCCUCGCGCGCCCGCACGCCCCUUGACCCCUCGCUCUAACCCACGCCCACCUCCAGCCUGCCCCACC